UAUAGUGUUCUGUCGUGUAACUUACAUGAAUGUAUUUCUUGGGUUAUCCUAUAGUAAUUCCUCGUAACACCUCUCUAAUAUUCAAUUAAUAUUCAAUUAAAAUGUCUUCAAUUGAGUAUAUAAGGGGGUUUGUUAACGAGCGACUGACUGCUGCUGCUGAGGAAAUAUUCGGAGUUUUUAAAAGAACUAUCACCGAGUAUGAGGAAGAGAUUCAUCGCCAGCGCAGACUGCUGGAUAUCGUUUGGAAACCAGAAAUAAGGAUACAAGGAAUAGAGCUCCCACAGCAACAUGUCUCAAAGGUAGGAGAGGAUCCGUCAGACAAGCAACUCUGUAACCAGGAGAGGAGCUCCAGUCCAGACCAAGAGGACCACAAACCUCCACAGAUUAAAGAAGAACAGGAGGAACUCUGCACCAGUCAGGAGGGAGAACAGAUGGUUCUAAAGCAGGAGAUUGAAACCUUCAUUUACACUCCUACUUAUGACUGCAGUGUUGACAGCGACACAGAGCUGAACAGUGACCAUCAUCUGCUUUCUCAGACCUCUCAUGUACUUAAAGGCCAAGAACACCAAGGAGACUGGCCUGGAGUCUCUGGAUCAACAGAAAAUAUAGUUUCACACUCAGUAACUCAAUAUGAGUUACUUAAAAGGGAAAGUAACAAUGUAAAUGACCCUAACUGGUCGGAUAUUCACUCUAACACUCAAAAAGGAAAAAAUCAAUUUAAGUGUGAUACAUGUGGAAGAGCUUUUAAGUUUGUUUCACUUUUGCAGCGACACAUGAGCAUCCACACAGGCGAGAGGCCAUUUUCAUGCAAAACCUGUGGGAAAGAUUUCAGACUGAAAGGUUCCUUGAAAGUCCACAUGCGAAUUCACACAGGUGAAAAGCCCUACCUCUGUAAAACCUGUGGAAAAAGGUUCAGUGAUGUGUCAAUGUUUAGAAAACAUGCAAAAAUCCACCUCGGUGAUAUGCCUUAUAUUUGCACAGUAUGUGACACAAGAUUCUCCAACAUUUCAUAUUGGAAAACUCACAUGAGAGAACACACGGGUGAGAAGCCAUAUGUCUGUGACACAUGUGGAAGGGCUUUUCGGUUUGUGUCCCUUUUGCAGAGACAUGUGAGCAUUCACACAGGUGAGAAGCCGUAUUCAUGCACAACUUGCGGGAAAAGUUUCAGACUUGAUAGUGCCUUGAAAGUCCACAUGAGAAUUCAUUCUGGUGAGAAGCCGUACCAAUGCAAAACCUGUGGAAAAAGAUUUGGCGAUGUGUCAUUUUACAAAAAACAUACAAGAAUCCACACAGGUGAGAAGCCGUACAUGUGCAAGACCUGUGAGAAAGGAUUCUUUUGUAUGUCAGCUUUGAAAGCACACAUGAGAACCCACACUGGUGAGAAGCCUUUUGUUUGUGAAACAUGUGGGAGAGCAUUCAGCUUUAAUGAAAACCUGAUAGUGCACGUGAGGAGAGCCCACACCGGAGAAAAGCCGUUCAUUUGCAAGAUCUGUGGGAAAGGACACUUCCGUAAGUGCGACUUGAAAAGCCACAUGAGAACCCACAAUGGUGAGAAUCCUGAAACUUGCAUAAUGACUGAAGAUGUAUAAAAAUUUGAAAAUAUGUGGGGCACUGUUCAGUUUAGCUUGAAAACCUUAAACUAAAACACCUAAAUAGCAUUAUCAACAGAGAUGGUACUAUCAUUGCCUACUAUAUGUUAUACACUCCUGAUGAAGUUGCAUCUUUUUAGCUGGAUGUGAAGUGCUUACUAUACUAGAUGGUAUGUCGAGAUCUAUCUAUCUUUCCAUUCAUUUUGUCAAAGUUACCUGUACAUACAUCUGCUGCAGUUCUCUAACCAUGAACUCCCAGGUCAAUGAAAAAAGUUGGUUUCAAAGUGAGUGCAGAAUAGUGGCUAUUGAAGUACUGUCAUGACCUUGUUGAUGUUUGCUUGUGCCAAAUGUAUAUACAUUUUGUUUAAACUUUCAAAGUAUUGAACAUCUGUGUACCUUACAUAGUAUUUUAAAGUACUAUAUAGCCCUAAUCACACUUGCACAAAUGACAACUGAAAACUUCCUGAAUUCAAAUAGGUGAGAUGCAAACAGCUAAGUUUUCACUCAGACUUUACCCUGAUUUUCAUUGCUGGUCCUUGUGUCCUCCUCCCUCCCUUUCCUGACAGGCAAGCUGCAGGCAAACUUCCUGCUGUGAGGGACAAGUGUGGGCAAGUCCGGAAAUGUUCUGGGUGUGUUACCCUGAAAUUAGCUGCAAGUGUGAAAAGGGCUUUUGAUGCCUUCAGCGUAAAGAGGUCAGAUUGAACACUUGAGAGAAAAUGACAUCAGUGUUUAGUAUGAACAUAUAGCAACACUAUCAAAUGUAAAUCUGUAUGUGUGCUUUUUUUAUACACUUCUUCAUGUGUGUUGGAAAAGUCUAAGAAUGGAAAAAAGUCUCGAUCAGUAUUAAAGAGACUUAAAAACACGUACUGGUGAGAGGCUGAUUAUUUGAUAUCAGUUUGAAAAAGCUGCACCUUGAAAUCCCAUGAGUGACACACGGCAGCAUAGAAUUCCCAGUGCAGGCAUGAAGCAACAUACUUUACAGUUUAAUAUUCAGAAAACACUGUUUCUGGUUUCACACAUGACGUUCAGUGCUGAUUAAACAACA